AUGGUAGAGAACAUCGAAUGGUACAAGAAUGCUACCGAUGCGCAGAACAUGGAGAAGUCAGCACAGGAACAACAAAGCUUCAUCGAAAGACACCAGGAUAAUAAGAUGAAAGUCACUAUUUCAUUCCCGUCGGGUAUGAAGCGUUUCCCAGCCCCAAACCUUGGCCCUUUCACUGAUAAGGGCGAAGGCCACCUUGAGCCCUAUAACCGGUACUGGGAGGUCAUGAAGUGGCUUCCACAAAACGAAUUGGAAGACAUGGCACAUGCACCGUCUUGGAUGCAAGUGCCUACUCGGAAAGUAGUUUCCGGCCUCUCCAGUGUUAAGAAGGUCUUCGCCAGUGAUAACCUCCCACCCAUUGAAAUCCGAUUGAAAUGGAUCCGGGGUGAAGAGGUCUCGAAAGACCAGGAAACCGACCUCGCAACCAAACAAGCUGUAAAACGAGAAGCCCAUCUUCCGCCUUCGAAAUCCAGAUUCACAUGGGACCCUCGACUCUUCGCUAAGAGUGAGCAGUUUAGAGACAGUAUUCGGCGCUCUCUAAACUUCAAGGAAUUGGGCCUUGACCUACAAGCUAUGUUGAUCGGAUAUCACCAUGAAGCCCAGGAUCAAUCAAUCAAUCAAUCAAAUUUCAAUUAA